AACGUCAUUCCCCUCUAUCCUUUCCACACCUUGUCUGCCACGUGAAAAGGCCAGUUCUUUAGUCUGGAAAUUCCUAAAAUUUUGACCAGGGUGCAUAGGAAAGGGUUUAGAUUUCCAUAUAAAAAUCUAGCCUAACCUACUGCAUCUUAGAUUUUAUAUGGGUGAGUGCUUUAUUUUCAUUAUUAGGGGAGACUGGUGAGUAUGUGAGAAUUUCCAAUCAUUUUUCUCUGAGAGUCAAUACACAAAGCCACUUAGACUGCUAUUAUUGACCAUGAGAAUGCAGAGGAAGCGAAGCCUUCUGACCUCCUUCUGCUCUUGCUCAGAAGGGUGUAUUCUUCUAGCAAACCAACACUCAAUGGGACUCUUUUCACCAGUGUUUUUUUAACCACCCUGUCACUUGUGAUAUGUGAUAAAGCAGCCGUUUCUUAUACAAAUGGUGAUAUAAAGAGUGAUUACUAAAAAAUGAAGAUGUUUUGCAGAAGAAAAUUGUGAGGUGGCCCAGUUGCUGCUGGCCACUUCCUUCUUCUUGUGGUUUCCUCUUUCCCCAACUCCAGCGCAACACCGGUGUUGAAAGAAAAGGAAGUAGCUGUUUUUCUUGAGCAGAGCACACCAGACACUCAGGUUUGAGGGUGCUCUACCUCAAUCAUGAAUGGAGCUACUGUUAUUGUAGUUAGAAGAAGCUCACUUACCUCAUGUUAUUGAAGGAACCUUCAAAUAUUGUGGCUCCUGAAAUGUCACACCACCACUCAUCCUCAAGUUUCCGAAGCGGUGCUGAAGCUCAGCACUAUGAGCUCUUAAGGAGACGCUGCCUCUCUCCAGCACACUACAGUGAAUCUGUGAAUCGUUUGGACCGCUAUUUUCAGUGCUGCUGUGCCUUUUGGCACUGGGUAGCUGAUGCACCUGUGCUCUCUUGCAGAUGAACUGCUAUGAUCGGAGGCUGAGGCGCACUGUCCCUGUCCGAGGGAGCAGCAGCAAUGAGCUCGUCUCUCCUCCACAGCGCUCCAGGGUCAAUGGCUGGUCCCUGCCCCUCCAUUCCUUCCAGUUCAUCGCCUGGGUGGUCUACAGCUAUAUGGCAAUCGUAGGAUUUGGCAUUUAUAUACCCCUGCUGCCUUACAACUGGAAAUAUGCUGGAUACUCUGUAAUUGGUGUGGCAUUUGUCUUCCAUUUUGUGACACACUUGGUUGCUGUAUCGAUCGAUCCAGCAGACCCCAGCAUCCGUGCAAAGAAGAACUACAGCAAUCCCAUGCCGGUCCUAGACAAGAGGAAGCACCCCCAUGUCAUACAGAAUCUGCACUGCUAUUUGUGUGAAGUCGAUGUAGGUCCAAAAGUGAAACACUGUAGCAGCUGCAACAAGUGCAUUUCAGAUUUUGAUCAUCACUGCAAAUGGCUGAAUAACUGUGUGGGAGGAAGAAACUAUUGGUUUUUCUUCCUUACUGUGGUUUCUGCAGUCUUUGGUGUCCUGCUGCUUGUAUUUGUCAUCCUCUUUAUAUUUAUUGAGCAUUUUUUGAACCCAGCAGAGUUGCGCACGGCUCCGCAGUUUAACAAUAUAGCUGAGAACAGCACAUGGCUUGCAUUCCUUCCUGUUGCUCCCAUUGAAACGAGUUCUGUUGGAAUCCUUGUGGUUGCUUUCAUUACUUUCAUGCUGGGAGUCGCCUCUCUGCUACUCCUGGGGCAUUUGCUGGGAUUCCAUAUUUACCUCUUGAUGAAAAAGAUGAGCACUUAUGAGUACAUAGUGAAACAGCGACACACACAGAGCAUUAGAGACCAGAAUAUAGGAGCCACUCAGUCCACUACAGCCAGUGGCACCUCCCUUGAGAAUUUACCCCCUGUGGAGUCCGCUGUGGACUGUGAUGCUCCAUUGUCUGGGAGGGCGAGUGCUUUAAAAUAUCAAGAUAAAGUCCAAGUUGCCAGCAGGCUCUCAAAUGGUAUUUGCACAGAGACAGGUAGUUUCCAAAGUGGUCCAGGAGACAGUUUUUAUUACAGCCCAAAGUCUGCUUCUCAGUCAUUACCAGCAAGCGUGGGAGGUGAAAACCUCUCAGAUUCAGUUGGGAUCCGGGAAUCUACAAGUGAGGACAAAGUAAGGUCUGUACAUCCGGACUCAAUGGAAGGAGCCCCCAUUGUCCAGAAUCCUCUAGGGAGUAAUCUCAUGCAGGCCACCUCAGCGAUUCAGCCGGGUCCUCCACACUCACCGUCUGGUACCACAGGCUCCGACCUUCCUUAGACCUGUACCCUCUCAGCCAUUUAGGCCUGGAAAGAAAAAAUAAACACAACAGAGAUCUUGUGAAGAAAACACAAAGAUGAGUCUGAACAAUGUCGCCCAUGGGAACACUGCAGAAACAUCUCAGGUGACAGACUCAGCCGUGGGCCUUCAGUGACUGGAGACUUGAGGAGAAUAUGCAGAAGAUGUGAAACUGAAUGAAGUCAAAAGGGACAGUAUGAAAUUUACUUCAUUUAAAAAUGUUGCCUUCUGUCUUGAGGCCUGUUGUGUGUUUUGGUCAGGAUAUAUAAACUCAAUGAUGAUACUUUAAUUUUUUUUGAAAAAGGGAAGAUACUUUCAAAGUUAUUUAAAAAACCAACAUUCAUUCAAUGCUUCACAGCAUGUGUCAACAAGCUGUACUCUGUGUACCUACCGUAUGAAUCUUUUGUAGGUCUGUUGUCAAUUAUUUUGUAGUUUUCUUUCUUGUUUCUCUGUUUUUACUAAGCUUUAAUAUGUAAAUUUUAAAUUAUUUAUAUUACAUUACUAAAACACUGUCUGUAUAUGAUGCUCUCUGUAUGCAAAUAUAUUGCACAGUAUUUUACAUGAA